AUGACAACGAAACCGUCGAGCGCCCCAUGGGCAGACGAGCCCUUUCACCUGAUCGCGACGCCGUCAAAGAGGUUGGAUGAAUCGCUUGGCCACGUUUCCGGUGCCUCUCAGAUGGCACACGCGCAUAAUGUCAUUAUCCGAGGACUGAAUGCUAUCCUGCAGCAGGCGCCGUACGUGCCCAUUGCCACGGAUGAACAAUUCAAAGCCCAGGAUGUCAAAGACCUUCUCUUCUAUGUUCAGUCGUGGGUUAAGAUGGUCCAUCACCACCAUUGGGUUGAGGAAACUUGCAUGUUCCCAGAGAUUGAUAGGUUUACCGAGAGGCCGGGAUUUAUGGAUGACCCCAUGCAUCAGCACGAGCUCUUCCAUGACGGACUAGAAAGGCUACUUGCGUAUUCCUCAGGUACGACACCCGAGGAGUACCGGUGGAAAGGGGCCGAUGGCAUGGAGAAAAUAUUCGACUCAUUUAGCAAGGACCUGACCGAUCAUCUCUACGCUGAGAUCGAUGUCUUCUUGAAUAUGGGAGAAUUCGAUAGCGAUGGGUUGAAGAAGGUAUGGGAAAAGGCUGAGAAAGUCGCAAUGCAAUCAGGAAAUCUGGCGAUGCUUUACGAUGUCUUCCCCGUGGUGCUUGGUUGCGCCGAUAAGACUUACGAAGGCGGCCAUGACUUUCCUCCCUUGCCCUGGGUGUUGCCCUACCUAGUCAAGUACUGGUUCGCCGCGGGUAAUGGAGCCUGGAGAUUUAACCCAUGCGACUGGUGGGGUCAGCCAAAGCCCCUGGAGUUUGGUCCACGUUGA